GACUUGGUCAAUCUAGUCAAUUCUUCUUCUCUGCUCUCCCCUCUCUCUCGGCAUUCUUAUAUUUACUCGUAUUUACCUAUAUAACUACGUGUUUUAUGAGAAAAGCCGAUUUACGACACUAUUACCACAUCUCCAUCUAAUUUGUUAUAUAUUUUCUUCUUCACCACCUGGCUUGUUGUCGUCACUAGCUUCAUUUCCUCCCGCCAACCUUGGAAUCCAUCACAUCCCAUCCAUCCCAUCUUGUCCAUCCUAUCUUGUCCCAUCCCCAUCUCCAUCCACACCCACACCCACUUCCACAUCCACAUCCCUAUCUUAUCCGUUCGUUCAUUUAUUGUACGCAAAACCCCCCACCUCACUUUAUAUUUCUCAGUCCAAACAGAAAUAUCGACACAGCACACACAAUACAGCCACAUGCAACCAGUCAAUUUAUCCGCACGCCUUGUCCUCCUCUUCUUUGAGUCAUUUCUCGAGGUGGCAUUUGAUUGAUUGAUCGAUUGCUUGCUUGCUGGCUUGCUGGCUUGUGGGAUCGUUGGCUCGUUUUAUUGAUUGUCGAUUGUUGAUUGAGAUUUACCAGGUCCCCAGUUACACUGCAGUAUAUCCAAAUUACGGUCUUCAUCACAACAAUCCCUGGAAAACAGUUAUCAUAACGUUACUUUGCUUUUAAUUAUCCCACCCAAAAGCCCUCGUCCUCAACCGCAACCUCCCUCUCCCUCUUCUUUUCUUCCAAAAGAAAUUAAAGGAAAAUUAACUUUCUCUCCAAUUAACCCGCAUUCUCCCUCCCCCCCCAACAUGUCGAAUUCGGAACAAAGAAUGCUCGAGAGCCGAAUACAAAAUGGAAGUCUCGAAGCUGUGUCAGGUCUAAUGUCUGACCAAGCUGGGCAUAGUACAACACCUUUGAUGAACGAUGUAAAAGCAACACAAAACUCAAACAUUUCCGUGCCUCUGCCUCUUCAAUCAAAUCAAAUUCCAGCUUUCACUGCCAUUUUCAAAUCGAAUACUAUCGCACCUUCGCCCCCUCACAGCAGAUCCACUUCAACAAACGACGCAUACACCCCACUUGCGCUUGACACCACUUCUCGUCUUCACCCAAAUAUAGAUUCGUCAUAUAGUCAAACUCCGAGUCCUCUAAGCGCGGGUCUGCGAAUACAAACCGAUAUCGUUCCAGGUUGCACAAUCACUUCUGCCAGCACCGGAACCGGAAUUGGUGAGCGCGAAUCUCCCGAUACUACACGAACUCAGUCAAGAUCCGGUGGGCAGAUAGGAAUGUCUCUCGCGCGAACUCCGAGUGUGAAGAAUGUCCUGGCGAGUAGCAUGGGUAGCAGCGGCUCGGCGCCAAACUCAGCAUUAUCCUCACCAAUGUUGAACGCAAUGGCAGAUGUUACCCCUCUACCCUCACCACUCAUGUCCGGAGACUCGCCUGGUCCAUGGAAACGAUUAAAUUCGCGACGAACAUCCCGCGAGCAGAUGCUGCCGAUACACUCGGAUUCGGCUCUGAUCACAUCCAAUGGUGAAUCGGUUUCCUCUGCAAUGGCAAAUCAACAAAAGAGAAGGGCAUAUCACGGACUAAUAACAAAUGCUGGCGAAUCUGGGUUGACGGAUGCUCAAAUCAAUCGCAAAAAGAACGUAGAAGGACAUACUAGGAAUAGAAGCAUGAGCGAAUAUGUUCCGGAAGCUUCUCAAGCACCAAAAACUCGAAAUAUCACGGUAUCGGGCUCACAUGCUCCAAUGAUGGACGGAGCGGUAGAUGGUCCACAAUCAGACAUGCAUAUGCGGAGAGAACCACAUUUAGCAGUUCAACGAGGAUUGGCUCCCAUACCAAGACCACCAACCCCACCAUCGAGUCGAACAGGAGGGGAAAGCAGUGAUAGUGAUUCAUCACUGACCACUAACCCCAUUCCUAGAGCUCUUCGAAGAUCGAGAUAUGAAUACUUUGAUGCGUAUACUAGAAAUGAUUCUAAACGACGAAGGUGGAGAGGUAUAAAAGUUUUGGGCCAAGGCACUUUCAGCAAAGUGAUUUUGGCUACCAGUCAAGUUCAAGAUGAUGCAGGCCGCAUAGAUGAAGAUAAUGUGUUCGGAAUUGAAUCGAUUGUUACACCUGUCGAGACGAAAGUCGACCGAAAAAAAUUGGUAGCGAUCAAGAUUUGUGAACACGGUCCGAAAGGAGGGGCGUCGGAAGAAAGAGUAGAAAUGUCGCUAAAGCGUGAAUUGGAAAUCAUGAAAUCGAUACAUCAUCCUUCAUUGGUUCACCUCAAAGCAUGGAGCAUAGAAGAGACAAGAGCUAUUUUGGUUCUAAGUUAUUGUCCCGGUGGAGAUUUAUUUGAAGUGGCCAGUCAGCAUCGAGAUAUUCUCGUCCCAUCGUUACUUAGGCGGAUGUUUGCAGAGCUGAUUGGUGCUGUUCAAUAUUUGCACGAUAGACGUAUUGUUCACCGGGAUAUCAAAUUAGAAAAUGUCUUGGUCAACCUUCCUCAACAUGAACUUGCAAAAUCUCAAGAUUGGACUAAAUACCCUUACUCCAUCAUUACCCUCACCGAUCUCGGUCUCUCUCGCCGGGUAGCUGAUGAUGAAAAACUUACUACCCGUUGUGGAUCGGAUGAUUAUGCUGCCCCGGAAGUUAUUAUGGGUCAACCAUAUGAUGGACGCGCCACUGAUGCUUGGUCUCUUGGUGUCUUACUUUAUGCAUUACUGGAAAGUAGAUUGCCAUUCGAUCCUAACCCCGGAAUGCCAGAAGGACACAAACAGCGCAGUCGAACAAGUCAUCGAAUUGCACGAGUUGAAUGGAGAUGGAUUGAAUAUUUCGGUGAAGAGGGAGACCAUGAGAGUGACCCGGAUAAAUUCAAGGAAAAGGGAUUGUUAGGUGCAAUGGAGAUUACAGAGGGAUUGUUGAAGAGAGCAAGGAGUAGGUGGACAUUGGAAAAAGUUCAGGAAAAUGAGUGGAUCAAAGGAGGUGUUGAUGUGGAGGGUGGUGUCAAAUGGAGAGAAGAAGUGAUUCCUGAGGAAGUCAGGGGUGGUGGGGAUUUCUAGAGGGUGAAUUGACUCAAAGAGUGACAUGCAACCUCAAAUUUCCUAGCAUGCUCUCGAUAUUAACUCUCGCUUCGACCUGAGUCUACCGAUUGGUUAUUCGCUUCGUUAUUUUCAUGACAUCUUUUCUGUUCACGUUCUAUGAUCAAAACAGCAAAGAUCGAGAUUUGACCUUUUUUUCUUCUUCUUCACGUGAGUUUUGCUUGCGCUUGUACUGCGAUGUUUUUCAUGGAGAACUUGUAUGCAUGGUUCAUAGCAUGGUGUUUAUGGGUUUUGGUUUGGGGUUUAAAGGGCUGGACAGAUGGAAGUACGAGGGUACGAAUGUAUAUGUUACCAUUCAGUUCAGUUCGAUGGAUACUUUGUUUAUAUAAAUAGGGAUUUGGGUGGUGAUGGAAUGGGAUGGGAUUCGAAGGAGUGAUGGAUUUGUGUAUAAUAUAUGGGAUUGGGAAACGGGGUGGAUGGGAUGAUGUUGUGGAAGGUAGGGGUGGGGGGAGAGUGGAUCGGAUGGAUGGGCGGACGGGCGGGGAUAUUAUACCCUGUGGGAAUUCGGAAUGUUAAUAUUGGUUGCGUAGAGGAAAGGGUGAGGAAGGGAUGGAAUUAAUAAAUGGGAUAGGGUUGUCUUUUUUUCCUUGAUGUUUGAGUGGGGGGUGAUUGUUUCGUAACCGAGAAGUAGAUAGGGGUGUGGGUGGGGUAGCGAGAGAGAUGUAUAAUGAGGGGUAGAUGCGUGGAUGGGUGCUGGGUGCUGGGUGCUGGAAGGUAGAGAAAUUCAUUAGAAAGUUGUUGAAAUUAUAAAAUAGGAAGAUAGUGAGAAAAUAGAAGAGUUGAGAUGAGAUGUAUUGGAAUGGGUUGAGAUGAAUUGAAGUGA